CUCUGCUCGUCACUUCCGCCCCACUUCAUCUCAGACCAUUGUCCAUUCAUUUACCGACUAAUCACAUCAUCUCACUGAUCGCAUCUCCUUUCCACCCCGGGUGUAAGCACGCGAUGAAGAUUCUCACCGGGCACUGGGCCGGGAUGGAGGUCACUGUUUGUGGCCCCGACGGCAACCCUCUUCCGGAGUACGAUUGCACUUCCUCCUUCAACAGUCCUGCAAUGCACAACUACGUCAAGUACAUCGAGGUCGUUCCGUUUGACCGCUUUUCUCUACACUUUGCGCGCCCAUCUGCUCCAAUGGCACUCGGGUACCAGAUUUACGCCGAUGGGCGGCUGCUCCACAACACAGUCCUUCGGCCUCACAAGCUCAGUUACACCGUUGACGGGUACAACAAAGUCUUGAACGACGACAGUGGGUGGUGCGACCUCAUCUUCUGGCCUACCAAUAACGAGAGUAGCAGCGUGUCGUACACUCGUACGCGCGAUUCAGAGCUCGGCACUUUGCAUGUAAAGUUCGAGGACGGUCACGCCACACCUCUCAACAAGCGAGAGGUGUGCCCCGCAGAGACACCUACUUUCCAGGGCAUGGACCGAAUGGGUCUCCACGCAUUCAUUGGGUGAGCUGAACUGUACGCAACUAAUGGUAGUGGCUCCAUCAGUGGACCAGGCAAGGUGUUCGGAAAAUGCCGCUUCCUUGCAUCCUAUACCACCCCUGCCCUCAACAUCUGCUUCAAGGUGAGUUGAUUGACCGAUGUCGAGCCACUCAACCAGUAUCGCACACGUCGCGCGUUGGAAGACCUUGGGAUUGUUCCAGGUCAUGAGGACGUUCCUGUCGCCUUGCACGCCGCCGACGUCCCCGACGUCGAGGUCGAAAAAGAUGCGGAGGCAGGAGACACUGUAGACACCACG